AUGAAUGACUCCGAUUCCGAGCUGGGCGAGCUUCGGACCGACGGCUUCAACGCCAGCGCUUUGACAUCUGUGGUUGGCGCCGGUGGUGGUUACAUACCCCUUCACAAAGAGCCACCCCGUUAUAUCCGGGUCAAACCGUACAACAAGAAAACCCGCGACUUUAAUCACCUAUUUCUUGCACAAGAGCUCCUGGGGACUAAGAGGGCAUCUGAAGACGAACCACGGAGCCGAGAGCCGGCAACAGCUGUGGGAUCGAAAAUCUUGAAAGCUGGCGACGCCAUCUGGGCUACCGAGUUUAGUUUAGAUGGCCAAUACCUAGCUGUGGCUGGAAAAGACCAUACUGUCAGAGUCUUCUCCGUGAUAUCUACCCCAGAAGAACGGAGGGCAUACGAGGAGGAGGAAGAGAACCAUGGCCGUGGUGACGGCGAGAAGCUUAGCGCGCCAGUCUUCCGGUCCAAGCCCGCACGCGAGUUUGAAGGUCACACAGGAGAAGUGUUGGACCUGAGUUGGAGUAAGAAUAAUUUUCUGCUUUCCUCAUCCAUGGAUAAAUCUGUGAGAUUAUGGCACAUGAGUCGACCGGAAUGUCUGUGUACGUUCAAGCACAAUGACCUGGUGACAUCAAUCGCCUUUCACCCCACCGACGACAGAUUCUUUUUGGCGGGCUCUUUGGACGCUCAGCUACGCUUGUGGAGCAUCCCGGACAAGGCAGUUGCGUUUUCGGUAAACGCGGGCGACCUUAUCACGGCAGCAGCAUUUUCGCCAGACGGGAAAAUGGCAAUCUGCGGUCUAUUAAGCGGGCUCUGUUUGUUCUAUGAAACGGAGGGCCUUAAACUUGACUCCCAAAUCCACGUUCGGUCAUCGAGAGGGAAGAAUGCCAAGGGCAGUAAAAUCACUGGCAUUCGGACAGCUUUUUUGCCUUCUGACAAUGGAGAGGAGGUCAAGGUUCUGAUCAGCUCAAAUGACUCCCGUGUCAGAAUAUACAACAUGCGGACAAAGAUGUUGGAGGUCAAAUUCCGUGGCUUGGAAAACCAGUCGAGUCAGAUUCACGCCUCUUUCAGUGACGAUGGGGCAUACAUUAUAUCCGGCAGCGAAGACCGUCGAGCCUAUAUCUGGAGUGCGAGUAGUGCUGACAAUGACUUAAAAGAUAAGCAGCCGUACGAGUGCUUUGAUGCACACCCGGAAGUCGUCACCACUGCCUUGAUGGCACCAAUCAAAACGAGGCAGCUUCUUAGUGCGUCUGGAGAUCCCAUAUUUGACCUCUGUAACCCGCCACCCGUCAUGUUGCUUAGUCUAGAAGAAAGAAACGCGAGUCAGACCAGAAUUUCUGAAGGGGGGCAGACUGACGGUGCGACGAGCGUCCGAAAACCGGAAGAAAGCCCUGCAUAUCUCGAGCGGUCAAAACACUUGGACGGGAACAUCAUCAUAACUACGGACAGGACCGGCACUAUCAAGGUCUUUCGACAGGACUGUGCCUAUAUGAAGCGACAACAGAACCAGUGGGAGACGGGGUCAAAAUUUUCAGGGCGAAUCGCUGGCGGUGUCGGGCGGUCGGGCAGUAUUGCUACGCGAACUAGCACUGGCAGCCGAGUCCAUUCCCGGCGUGGCUCACUGAAUCUUGGGUCGGCGAGCCAGCAAACGCAGCCGGCAUCCGACAGGAUCAUGAGCUGGCGUCAGGAUGUGGAAGGGAGACCUGGCAUCGGCCUCGCAACGAGUCGGAGUGACAGAUCCCUGUCCCCAAUGAAGUCGAGCCGGUCCCCCCUCAACAGCUCGGCUGCCAACCUUGCGUCAGACGCGAGGAAACAACUGUACGCAUCUAGUUUGGCAAGUAAAUCAAAUAUUCCUACCAGUCCAACAAGCAGUAUUCACACGAAAGGGGAUUCUGUGAGAAUACGCAGGGACAAGGAUGGCGGCAUACCGCUCACGCCUAGUUUCAGUCUCAUUAGUGCCUCAGAAUCGGAGCAGAACGAAGACAAGGGAGAAGGGAGCUUCUGGAAUCUCAGCAAGUGGAAACCUAACAUACCUGGCCUGAGAUAUUCGCUGAAUGCAAGCUCCCUUGGAAGUGGAAGCGGCAACACGACCGGGGGCAAUUCUAAAAUAAAUGGCGAUAGCGUGAAAGUUGGAGACAGAGCACCUGGCCGCCGUAGCUUGGCUAUCCACGACAUGCGCAGCUUAAAGGCCGAGGAGGAAGUCAACCGACGUCGAUCCUUGGGCCCGACCGCAACAUUGAGGCCGACAUUCAGCGAAUCCGACUCGGUUGGCGAAAGUAUCGAGGAAGGGACCGAGGUUCCGGACAUCAUCGUACCCAACAAGAAGCGAACAGAUUCAGGGGUAGCUGAAGUCAGCGCGGAUUCCACAGACGACAGCGACACAGCGGCGUGUCGAGAAUGCGGAGGUCGAAGCUUCAAGGUGAAGCGACUAGCUAGAGGCAAAACAGUGUUAUCCUGCCAAAAGUGCGGAGUAUUGGCAGAAUCAUGA